UCUGACCCUGGGGCCAGCGCAGGCCAGCAGGGACUCGGGCCCUCGUCACUCCGCGGGCCGCCCCAGGGGCAGAGCCAGGGCCGGACGGCCCGCCCCACCCGCCCGCCUCCUCCUCGGUCAUGGAAGCUGCCGGCAAGCCCGAGGCUGCGGGGACAGGCAAGUACAUCGCCUCAACACAGCGACCCGACGGGACCUGGCGCAAGCAGCGGAGGGUCAAAGAAGGCUACGUGCCCCAGGAGGAGGUCCCAGUCUAUGAAAACAAGUAUGUCAAGUUUUUCAAGAGUAAACCAGAACUGCCCCCAGGGCUGAGCCCUGAGGCCACUGCUCCUGCCGCCCCGUCCAGGCCUGAAGGUGGUGAGCCAGGCCUCUCUAAGACAGCCAAACGCAACCUGAAGCGGAAGGAGAAGAGGCGGCAGCAACAAGAAAAAGGAGAUGCAGAGGCCUUGAGCCGGACUCUUGAGAAGGUGUCCGUGGGAGACACAGCCCGACCCCCCAGUGCUCCACAGGGCUCCCAGGCAGCCCCCACAGCUGCCUCUGAGCAGCCCGACCCAGCUGCCACCACCGAGAAAGCCAAGAAGAUAAAGAACCUAAAGAAGAAGCUCCGUCAGGUGGAGGAGCUGCAGCAGCGAAUCCAGGCUGGGGAGGUCAGCCAGCCCAGCAGAGAGCAGCUGGAGAAGCUGGCGAGGAGGAGGGCGCUGGAGGAGGAGCUGGAGGACUUGGAGCUUGGCCUGUGAGGCCUCUGGGCAGUGGGAAACGGACUGCAGAACAAACCACGGGGCGCUGUGCGGUCUGGGGAAAUGCUGGUGGCAGCAGGCAGGAGGGUGCCCCCGUCCUGGCUCACUUCCGCCUGUCCCCCAGGACCUAGCCUCUCCCUCAUUCCUUCCCCUAUCUUCCCAAUUCCUGUUUUUUGGACUUUUCCCCCGCCCAUUCCCAGUGUUCCAGACCUCAGUGACUACCCCCAGAUACCUCUGCUGCUGAUUCGGGUGUCUUGUUUAAAAGAAAAUUGGGUGGGUGGGAGUCUGUCCGAGAACUGAGGUUGUGGGUAGAGGGAGUAUGCCCAAAUCUCCGAGUCCUGGUUCCUGUUCAAGGUGUUUAUGGAUUAUAGCCCCCUCCAUCCCUCACCUCUUUUUUGUUUUGUUUUUUAAAGAACAAGAAUAAACUCAAGUAGACAACA